AUGAUGAACGGUUAUGACUUCGAGUAUGCGCUUCGUGUUUCCGCUUCAGCAUGCACGUGCAUCCAGUUCUUGUCCGGAUUUUUGAUAUGUGCUAACUUCAUGAAGAAAGGCAAAGUAUUGAACGAGUCUGUAGUACCAUUUGUCACUGGAUUUCUAUCGUGUUCACUGUGGCUGUAUUAUGGUAUGAUAUUGGCAAAUAGCACAUUAGUGUCAGUGAAUGCUUUUGGCUGUUUACUAUUUGCGAUAUACACAUGGAUAUACUAUAGAUACACUUCUAAAAAAAAACGAGUUAUACACUAUGUAGUAUCAGCUAUUGCCGUCAUUGCGUGGAUUGUGUAUUUUACUUACACAAAUGUAAAUCGAAAGCAGUCAAAAACUCUGUCACCCGCAGAAUUACAUCUGCAUGAAACAGUGGAGGUGGCGGCAGUAACACCUUUGGAUAUAGCAGACACAUCAAUCAUCUCCUCAACCACUAAUGAUGCUAUAGACCGUGUUGGGCUUUUAUGUUCUCUCACUACUAUGUUGUUUUUUGCAGCACCAUUUUCAAAUUUAAUUAAUGUGGUAAGAACUAAAAAUACAGAGUCAAUGCCAUUGCCAUUGAUUGUAAUGACACUCCUUGUUUCUGCUCAGUGGUUGGUUUAUGGCCGAAUGUUACGUGACAAGUUUAUUAUGUACCCAAAUGCUAUUGGAUGUAUGCUUUCUGUCAUACAACUGACUCUAUUUGUUAUUUAUCCUAGAAGGUCUGCCAUACCAUUGACUACCGAACUCCAUAAUCAUCACCAUUCAUAUCCUUAUAUUAAAUUAAUGGACGCAUGA